AUGGACGCGAUACCUCCCGAGUUGACUGCAGUACCCCCUUCAGAUCCAGUGUUUGACGACUGUGAGCCCGCUCCCACUUCUCCCCGUGCACGGGUAUACCUUUCUACGUCGGAUAAGCGUCAAAACGCUUGGCGUCGAUGGUCACACGAUGUCAUACCAUCGCUUAUUUGGCCCUAUCUUGAGUAUAUGAGUAGAUCUCAGUCCCUCCAGUCCGAUGCAACCUUGGAUGUGAAGUCUAUUCGUUGCAACUGCGAACGCAUGCGAAUAACUGUCGUCUGUCUAAAGUUUCACAAGCUCGAGGAGAUUACCUUGGAUACGUGCAAAUGUCUGACGGCUCCUUACCAGCUAAUGUGUGCUGGUAUGUUCCCAAACGCCCCUGUCAAGCCUUCGCUCGCGGUUGAUUUACGUGUCUUGAACCUGGUAAACCACAUGUUUUGGCGGCUCACCCCCAACACCACGGCCUGGUGUGAGGCCCUAGAAGAUUUCUUCAAUGACAUGGGUUAUAGGUUUGCGUCAAAAGAACCUCUCAGACGACGCUUUGCGGUCGCAGCCCACUGGUUUAGUAUACUCCGACUUUCUGCCGACGAUCAUCUCAAGAACUACCUGCGAACACCCUCGCUCCCAGCCAAAUCGCCUUCGGGCGAGGAUGAAGACGUCUCCGGUGGUGAGGACAGCCCCCACGCGUCCACAUACCUUCAAGAUCGUUGUGCCCUUUGUUUUCCCGCGUCGUUGACGCCCUCAGCGUUAUCCCGGUCAUCACCAGACGUAAUCGUCUGCCUCGACGCUUGCUUCACUCAGAAGCGCGCCAACAAUCCCAAGCAGGCUGGUAUCGAGGAUCCUCCUAACCCUGCCGCAUCAUUUUUCAUGCCCGACGACGAGGUCAAGGAGAUGGAGAACUGGGUUAAUGAGAAACGUCAACCCCAUAAACGCGGCCGACCCGAGGCUGACGCGAGAGAACGCAACAACGAAGAUGCCGUUGAGCAGGGCAUGAAAGUCCCCGUGUCAAGCCUGGACGCCUGCGGUGGUUCCUUCAAAGCGGCUGAUGAGAAGCGUGAAAAGGCAAGCACUAGAUUCUUCGCCGAUACUGGCCUCAUGGCUUUGGUUUGCAGACACGAUCGUGUGCUCUGGUUUUGCAACAUGACUUCAUCAGGCGAACGCCAACACUACGCCUUAGCGCUCAUUAACAAGCUCUUUCUCCACCUGUCUGACCAAAUGACCGUCGGCAUCCUAUAUGACAUCGCCUGUCAACUCGAGCGCAGCACUCGCAAGUGGAAUCUCAUCCCUGAUGAUAUUCUCGCACGCAUGGUUUUCGGGAUCUCUGUGUUCCACGCGUUUGGGCACCAAUGGCCUUGUCAGGUGGUGUAUCAUCCUAGGAAGCGUACUGGGUUUGGGUUCUCUGACGGCGAGGGUUGCGAACGUCUCUGGAGUGCGUUACGAUUCCUCAUCUCAAUCUUGAGAGUCUCUGGGUUUCAUCGCCGCCGGUUCGUGCUCGACAACCAAGUUCGCUUCCUCGACAACAAGCAUACCCAUGGCUACGGUUUGUGGCUACGCAACAAAUGGUGGGCGUGCCAGGAAAGGAAGAACAAAGCAAAGGCCGCUUGGUCGGCGUGCGGAGCGUCAGAGGAUACAUUGAGGGAGGAAUGGGCUGCUCAGUCGUCAGCCCAGACUAAGCCUCUACCCCGCCAGUCGCGUUCGAGGGUGGAAGCCGAGAUCCUAAGGGCAUUAGAGCUUGAAAAUACCAUAAAGAAGCGAGCGGCAGAAGUAUUGGACCUCGAGCAGCAAUUGCGACGCACGGGAAACGUUGACGUUGUCAACAUCGAGGGUAGUCUAACGACUCAUAUUGAAGGCUCGGUCAAGAAAGGAGAACCAUCGCUACGACGGCUGGUCGAUCGUUACAAUCAACGCUGCCUUGACAUACGCAACCUCAUAGCCAACAGGAAGGCUCCGCGCGGUGCCGUUGAACCUACACUGCUCACUCCUCAGCAGGUCUUCACCAUGGACGUGGACGAUGCGAUCUGGCAGAACAGCGGUUUAGAUGAUGAGUCGAUAAACCCUCCCGCCUGGCUUUCAGACGAAAAGGUCCGCGCUGGUAUCCGUGCCCUGUUGGAGUAUGACCGAGCAGCCGAAGAAGAGGAACGCUUGGUACUCGAGCGUAGUCGUCUACAAGAAUGGGUGGAAAGACAGUGGCAAUCCCUUCGAGUGGACGAUAGUAAUGAUGCCUCUAUCCUAUAUUUCAUCAGACUUCGAAGACACAAAAUCAGCGCUUUAUAUGCCGAGUGGGAGCCUCUGGUACGUGAGAUUCCAUGUGCACGCCCGGAUCGUUGGUGGGGACUGGGGGCAGAAGAGGCUGCAGCUGCCCUUGCUCGUAAGGCUGUUGCGAGGUUCGCAGAUGGAGGACACUUUGAACCUCCACACAAAACCGAGCAUUCCCUCGUCAACGAGAUGACUCAAGCAGGCGACGAGGAGGAACACGGUGAUGUGUAUAUCAAAGAUGAUGGCGCAGAUGAUGACGACUCGGGUGGAGACAACAACUCGGGUGCAGAGGAAGAUGAGUAUCAGGAUGACUUGCUUUUCUCUUCGGAUGCAGAGGAGUUGUUGGACUUAGAGUAUGGCUCGGAUACGAGUGUGGGGGACCAUGAUGUAUUUAACGACAAUGCCGAUAUGUAUCCCUCCUCACCUUGA